AUGGUGGUGAAUGUGUAUGCAACGUCGGCAACAGUCGAACAGUGUUCGCGAAAUGAGCUUUUAGCAUUCGUCAAUAAUUUUUUGCGGGCGAAUUUUACACGUAUUGAGGAGAUGUCCUCAGGUGCUGCUUACUGUCAACUAACAGAAUUGCUUUUCCCGGGCAAAAUCUCUUUGAAAAAAGUGAAAUGGAAUUCACGAAAUGAAGUAGAUUGGAUCGGCAAUUGGCGCUUGCUGCAAACAGCCUGGAAGGACCUGGGAGUAAAGAAAGGAGUGCCAGUGGAACGUUUACUGCGGUCCAAAUUCCAGGACAAUUUCGAAUUCUUGCAGUGGUUUAAGAAAUUUUUUGAUGCAAAUUAUGACGGUCAUCAGUACGAUGCACUACAGGCUAGAAACGGCGAACCACUUCCCGCAAGUUGGACAUUAUCAUCCAGAUCGGUACCAUCAAAAUCCUUUGUGAUUGCCAAAAAUAAUUCUUUCAUCACAUCAGCGAAAAAAAAUCCAUUUAGUGCUGGUCGAAUCACUGAAGCUGGGAAAAGUUCCGUUCCAAAUACCGCAACUUUGCAGCGUAAGCACGAGCUCAUGAUUCAAGAAUUAAAAGCAAAUGUAGUAGAACUUACCAAGCAAAGAAACUUCUAUUACGAUAAGCUGCGAAAAGUGGAAAUGCUUUGCCAGGAAGCGGAAGGUAGCCCUACCGUUUCGCGAGACGAAAUCUUGGUAAUUUUAUAUGAGAUUGAGGAAGGUUUUGCCAUUGUCGAUCAGGAAUCCAAUCAGGAACCCAAUUAUGAGAAAAGUGGACAGAUUGAUAAUAACGAUUCGAAAGGAAACGCGGCACUUCAAUUCGAACCGAAUAUUUCGGAAACAUUCUGAUUAAUUACUGUUGUACUUCAAACUGGUCUUUAUCCUUGGACCUACUAAAGUAACAUUUAUACUUAUUGUCUUUCAUGAAGUGCCACGUUACUGCUUUCAUCUAUUCAAUUACUGACCCAAGAUCUUGCUGGAAUUACCACCAUUCAUUGUGCCCAAUUGAUUAUGGCUUGUUGUGAUUUAUCAGGUGUAUCUUGUCUUCCAUUUCUUAUUUGUGAAAGAAUUAUCUUUCCCUCCUCAUAUAUAGUGAUACUUAUGC